UUUGAGCGCCUCGCUGUUUAUCGUUACGAUAGCACUGUAUGGAUUGUCGGUGGUUGUGUUUGCAGCGUUCAUAUCCUCUCUCUUCAAGACACCAAGCACUGCUGUCGGAGAAUGUUUCACUUGUUCCGAAGAAGAAAUGGAGAAUUAGCCGAUUUAUUACAACCUUGUGACGAGAAGGAGGGAGCCCGGAGUAAGCUGGACAAUGGUACUGAAUAA